GGGCUGAACCUGAUUGAUUUGUUUACGCUGAUGUGACGUCACUCGUCGCUUGCCUGUGAUUGGCCGGGGCCGCCGUUGUCCUGGUGAUGAUUGAUGACCUUUAAAGCACUGUGACAGUCGGAGCUUUUACUGUGAAGAGUCGCAGCUGAAGCCGGAACUCCGCGACCCCACAGAGUCCAGAUGGACGGUUUCCUUCCUGCGGAGAGUCUCAAGUCGGUCCGGAACCAAAGAUCAGGAGAUAAACUCACUCACAACACAAGCAGGAUAAGCAAGGUAUUCCAGACGUCCCUCUUCCCAGUAUCCUGUUCCAGCUCUUCCUGAGACAUUCCCAGGCCAGCCGAGAUAUCUAUCUUCCCCAGGGCCUCCUACCAGUUGGACGUGCAUCUCUACUGGGAGGAGCCCAGGAGGAUCCUGAUUGGAUGCCUGAACCACCGCAGCUGGCUCCUUUCAACUGAAGAAGCAGCAUUCCUACCCCGAGCUACCUCUGGAAUAAUAAGUGAAGACCUGGAAGAGAAGUAGAUGAAAUAAUUGGGUCUGACAGCACCAGAGUGGACAACUUAACACAAGACCUUCCAGAUGAUGGAUCCAAGUAACUGAAUUGGAGACCUAUACAAUAACCCCUUCCUUUGUUUAGUUUUUUUAAUUUUUCAGCUUUGCAUUGCUAUCGGAGUGUUCCCCUUCUGUCCCACGGCCCUAAAUGAGCCCCUAACUGGAGGGCUCCCAGUUUGCUCCUGGAUGUCUCCUUGUGGCUGGCUCAACUGAAUGUCGUCUAGCGCUGAUGCAGAUAAGCAAUGUCCCUGACAGCCAGUUCUGACAAACCCUUCCCUCUACUGCUGUGGCCAUCAAUCUCCUUAACUUUCUGAAGACUGUAAACACCAUGUCCGAUACACUGUACGAUCCCUUUGCCUAUGAGAACGAAAGUUCGACCCAGGAGCAGUAUGUACUCUCCAGUAAACCAAUGGAGAGGGACUCUCAAAGUGCAUCCACUCAACUUGGGCCUGGGUCCAGUUUCAGCUCUUCUGGGACUUCUUCUGCAACUCCUGCCAACUCUGGGGGGAAGCUUACAUCUCUGCCUCCUCAGUCGAUGAACUACAGGCCUGAACAGAGUAGGGCUAUAAAAGACGAGAACAUAGAGAGGUCUCUAGACAUGCACUCCAUUCCAGGGUUAGGUGAUAUUGACUGUAUAGCACCAGACCAACCUGCAGCCCCUACAGAAUCCAGUCAACCCAAGAGCACCACUCACUCUACAUCUGACAUCCUUCUGCACUUUGGAAUUGACGAUGAGGACUUGGACCGUCUUAUUUUGUACCCUGAAGACCAGUUCACCUCUGCUAACCUGCCAUUCAUCUUGCAAGAAAUCCGCAUUGAGAAGACAAAGAGAGCUGCAUCAGCAGUUCAGUCUGUGCCUUGUGCUGAACCCCAACCCACCAGAAGUAUGAGUGGAAUGGACAGUCAGAAUUUGAGUAGUUCUGUAGGGGCAGGGAAAUCAAUUCUUCCUGCUGCUGACUUCCCCAACGUCACUGCUGCCAUGCCACCAAUCCCAAUCCAGAUGCUGCCACCUUUCAAUAGGCAGCCUCUGGCAAAGGUGUCUCCAGUCUCCAAGGAACUGCCAACCAUGUUGCAGGACUAUACAUCAGCCACACUGAGUUUAAAUAGUUCUGGAGGAGCAGGGAAAUCAGUUCCCCCUGCCUCUGACUUCCCCAACAUCACUGAUGCCAUGCAACCAAUCCCAAUCCAGACGCUGCUACCUUCCGAGAGGCAGCCUCUUGCAAAGUUGUCUCCUGUCUCCAAGGAACUGCCUACAGCGGCCAUGUUGCAGGACUAUCCACCGGCCACAUCAAGUUUGAGUAGUUCUGCAGGGAUGUGCCAGAAGGAAUUGCCAUCGGUUGUUCUCCAGCCGAGUAAAGUGACUGACUAUGGACAUACUAGCAAAUAUAGUAAAGGGGUUGGGGAUGAGAUUGCAAAAACCAGUAGCAAUAGAGCUGACAGUGGUGGGAGUGGAAGUAUGUUGCCUAUGCACACCCCAAAUAGCAGCAGACGCAGUCGAGAAUCACUGCAAAAAAAUGUAAGAGAGCUAAAAAGAAUUGUCUUGGGUUUGUCCCAUGCCCAGACGAUGAGCUCUGUGGCUCCUUCAAGCAAUGCUCGGACCACACAAUUACAGAUGCAACCAAAGCAAACUCCCCAGUCAAUCCCCAGCUCCAUAUCCCUGCCAAAGAAAGACACCCAAGUUCUCAAAUCUGAACCCCCAAAACCUGUGUUUUUAAAACAAGCAGAGGUAGGUUGCCAGGCAACGUUGAAGACCGAGCCACUUCCCGCUGUGUACCCUUGUGUGGUUGCCAGUCAACCUGGCUUAGUUAUUGUUGACAAAAAUGUCGCUAGUGGCCCAAAGGAUCACAGUGAAACGAAAGGACAAGGUUUAACUGCUGAGCAGAUUAUAAAGACGGAGAAGCAGCCAGUCUUACAGACGGGACAAAGCAUUUGUCCUUCAGCUUCCCCUGCCACUGACUUUCCCAACAUCACUGAUGCUGUACAACCAAUCCCAAUCCAGACCACUUCCAAGAGGCAGCCUCCAUUCUCCAAGGAUCUUCCAGUUGCACUCAAGUUGCAGGACUAUGCAUCAGUCAUGCUGAGACAAUUUCCACAUACCUGUUCUCUGUGUAAUAUAGAGUGCAUUGAUAAUAAGGAAUGGGUCUCCCACCUGAACACCACCCUUCACCUUCAGAAUUGCAAACUCCUGCAAAAAGAUGCUACAGGUAAAGAUCCCAAGCCCUCACCCUCAGCCUCUUUACAGACUCCCCAGCAUCGUCACCAGAAAGUCAGACAUGGAAGCCGCUCGCGUUCCCGCUCUGCUAGCCCACGUCGCCACCAUGCCUCGGGGGGUAGAAGAGAGAAACGAAGUGGCCGAUCGCGUUUGCCGCCCACCUCCAGAUGCAAACGCAGGUCCCGGUCUUCUUCCAGUUCCUCAGGGUCAUGUUCAAGUAGUCCCAAGAGGCUAUCAUCGUGUAGGGGGAGAGGCGGGAAUUGGUAUUCACCAAAGUUUAGAGGCUUUAGACCAUUAUCUCCAUGGUGGAGCCGUGAGAGAGGGUCGCAAUCAAGGAGGAGUGACAAGAGACAAUCCUCACCAAGGACGAGUGAGGAAAGGCAAUCCUCGCCAAGGAGGAGUGACAAGAGACGAUCCUCGCCAAGGAGAAGUGAGGAGAGAAAAUCCUCGCCAAGGAGAAGUGACAAGAGACGAUCCUCGCCAAGGAAGAGUGAGGAGAGACGAUCCUCACCAAGGAGGAGUGAGGAAAGACGAUCCUCGCCAAGGAGGAGUGACAAGAGAGGAUCUUCGCCAAGGAGGAGUGAGGAGAGACGAUCCUCGCCAAGGAGGAGUGAGGAAAGACAAUCCUCACCAAGGAGGAGUGAGGAGAGACGAUCCUCACCAAGAAGAAGUGACAAGAGACAAUCCUCGCCAAGGAGGAGUGAGGAGAGACGAUCCUCGCCAAGGAGGAGUGACAAGAGAGGAUUCUCGCCAAGAAGAAGUGAGGAAAGACGAUCCUCGCCAAGGAGGAGUGACAAGAGACGAUCCUCGCCAAGGAGGAGUGAGGAGAGACGAUCCUCGCCAAGGAGGAGUGAGGAGAGACGAUCCUCACCAAGGAGGAGUGAGGAGAGACGAUCCUCGCCAAGGAGGAGUGAGGAGAGACAGUCGCUUCAAAAAAAGAUGUCAAAGACUGCUGAGAGCUUGGCUAAUAAAUUACUGGAAGCAUCAGCUGUCAAGUCUCUAUCAACACAGUCUGAAUUGCAGGCUGUUGCUAAAAUGCUGGCUCCUGCCAUACUGGUCGAGCUUACAAACAUGGAGUCCUCACCAUCAUCACCCUCGUCUACUGCUUCAUCCUCAUCCUUCCCCUCUGCAGCAAAAAAGAAGAAGUUUACUAAAAAGCUAUCUCAAGCAAAGCCCAGCGUGCAGGCGAGCGAGGCAAGUCCCUCUGCAAAGGCUAAGUGUUGUAAAUCCUCACCUCCAACCAUGGUGAAGCUACGAGGGAUUCAUAGUUCUGUCACUCGCAAAGAUGUGCUGGCGGCUGUGGAGAACUAUGGAAAAACCAAGUCAUGUCUACUGUUUCAUCCCACACAUAUGGCAAUCGUGUGUUUCGAAAAAGAAGAAGACGCAAAGAAAUUGAAGAGUGUAAACAGCUUUAACGUGAAAGACACAACAAUCACUGUUGUCAAAGAAGAGGAUACUGUUUCCCAGGAGCAAAAGAAACCACUUCAGAAUGUCUCCACACCUAAGGCCACCACCACCACCACCACCACAGGGAAUUAUAUAUUUCCUCAAUGCAACAUGAAUCUGCCUAAAAAGACUCCAUGUUUAUCAUCUGGGGCCCAACAAGCUGCAAUAAGCCAACUUACCAAUCAAAAAGGUGCAGCUAAAGGCUCUGGAGGGGAAAAUGGCCCAACCAAGCAGAUGACAUCUGAAAACAAGGUGCAGGAAGUGGAACCAGAAGUCACAGCAAAGGUUAUUGAAAAAACAACUGUGGCAGAUUUUGAACCUAAGCUUCAGGCAGAACUCGCCAAAGCCAACAACGCCGAAGACGCUGAACAAAUGGAGACUGGGGAAGAGGGUGUUGAAGUGUCGGAGCCCAUGGAAGAUGGAGAUUUUGUUAAAGGCCAAGAAAAAAAAACAUCUUCAGGCCUUGUACCAGAAAAUUCAUGCAGUUUGAAGAGCCUAAAACAGCGUCUACAAGAUUCUAGUGAGAUCACAAUAAACCUUGAACCGAACACCAUCAGUGUCAAAGCCGAGCCUCCAGCUGUGAAAAGUCAAACCCAGCCUCCUCCUUCUGAACUAUCGGAGAGUAGAUCACAACCUUCUCUGCUAACCAGUGGGCCAGGGGAAUCCACCAUCUCUGAGCCCAUCACAGCAGGACCAAGUGGCAAAGCAACAAAAGAGGAUGGUGAGGAACCAGGAACUGAGACCGCCAUGGAUUCCACUGAGGCAAAUGAAGAGGUAGAGAAAGCAGAAGUAAAGGUGGAAAAGGCGGCACUAACAACUUCCAUCUCCAGUGCUGAUGUGACUUCUACCUCUGCAGUCAGCAAUAAAAACAAAGUCCCAGUUCUGACCAGUCCUGCCCGCUCAGCCACCAUCAAUAUCACAGCUAAGCCUGCAGCUGUUGAAUGUCAAAACCAGCCUUCUCCUUCUGAACGGCUGGAUAAUAGGUCACAGCCUUCUCUGCAAACCAGUGGUCCAGUCGAUUUCACCAUUUCUGAGCCAAUCACAGCAGGACCAAGUGCUGCCGUGGCAAGUGACGAACCAGUGGAAGAGGAUAAAGACGUGGCAAUGAAGGAGGAUGGUGAGAAACCAGGAGUCGCCAUGGAUUCCACUGAUAGUCCUGAUGUAGAGAAAGCAGAAGUAAAGGUAGAAAAGGCGGCACUAACAACUUCCAUCUCCAGUGCUGAUGUGACUUCCACCAUUUCUGAGCCCAUCACAGCAGGACCAAGUGACGAACUAGUGGAAGAGGAUAAAGACUGUCUUAUUGAUGAGCAAAAUGUCAACAUGAAGGACUUUGUCACUAAUAGCUCCUCCUCAUCGAAGGAGUCAUCCAGAGAAAGAGGAGAGAGGCAAAGCUCGGCUGUCUCGUCCACUGGAACUGGAUGCUCAACAAGGUCUUCAAAGAACUCAAAGAGCUCAUCCAAGUUUGCCAAAGGCUCUUCAAGCUCUUUGAAGUCCAACUGCGAGUCACCAGAAGCUUUUGAUUCAACAGUCCAUCUCCCUCAACAGGGACACGGGUUGAAACCAGACUGUGUGGAAGGAAAAACCGUAAGUGACGAACCGACCGUGAUGACGAGAUCGACCAGAGCGAAAAGGGAAAGAAUAACUAAACAAGACGCUUCAAAUGAGAAAUCGAACACGGUGGGCAUGUCAACAAGAAGGAGCACUCGUGUUGGAGAGCCACAGGAACAAAACGCGGAAAAAACACCAAAGAAAGCGGAGAAAACCCCUCCAAAAGGAGGCGCACCACUGAAGAAGAGUGACAGUGUUUUGAGAGAGAAAAGUAAGCAGGAUGAUGUUCUGGACUCUCUGAAGGACGGGCUUGCUCGGGAUGAUCGGCCCACUAAAGGGAGGAAAGGAAAAAGAGGAAGACCAAAGAAAGCCGUUAAAAUAACUAACAUUGACCAAGAUGCAUCAGAAAAAUUGGCUGAUGAAGAAGAGGCAACAUGUCAGAUGGCUGACUCUGUGGAGGAUGACUCGGUUGGUAAUCAGUCUGAGGAGAACAAAUCUAAAAACAACGACCAGCAAGCUAAGAAAAGUGGAUCUGACACGGUGCCGCCCAAAAAGGUAGAGAAGGAAGAGCCUGACGCCCAGGUGGACGUGGAGAUAACAGAGCUGCAGGAUGACUUGGUUGGUAAUCAGUCUGAGGAGAACAAAUCUAAAAACAACGACCAGCAAGCAAAGAAAAGUGGAUCUGUCACGGUGCCGCCCAAAAAGGUAGAGAAGGAAGAGCCUGACGCCCAGGUGGACGUGGAGAUAACAGAGCUGCAGCUGCAGGCAUGCGAUAAUCUGGAUACAUCUGUGGAAAAAGAGGAUGAGAAGACUCAGGAAAGCCUGCUGGAGACUCUCCCACCAGGCCAGCCAAACACAGAGACUUGGGUGACGCUGGAUGAAGCUGGUGACGAGGAAGAGAAGCCACAAGAAGAGCAAACUGCAAAAACCCAAACAUCUGGCAAACGUAGACAUGAUGAUGACACAGUCGAGCGUCCCAAGCGUCUCCGUCCAGACUCGAGGCUGCAGCUCUACGACGCCUCGGGGAGAAAGUUUCACGACAACGAGGUCGCCGAUCCCAACAAGUGGGGUGAAAUCGCCAUGAUGAGACCCGGGUGGGCCCCUCACCACAGCCCGUACGUCAACAUGAACACGUGGACGGCCACAGAAACCAAGUCCCAGUCCAAGCUGGUCACCUGCUUCGCUGUGGAAAACCCCCACAAGUCAGCCGUCUUCUCCGACGUGCGGGUCACCAUUUACGACCACAUCGAGGGCCCGUGGGCGGAGCUAGAGGAGAUCAAUAAAGAGCGAGGGCCCCGACUGAUGGCCUACCUGGUGGGGCCCCCGCAGGUGAUCCGCGUCCCGCCCCCCAGAGGGUACUAUUACCAGUCAACGCCCCCCGAGCCCUUCCAUAAGAGAAGACGAGUUAGAAAAAGAGGCAAAAACAUUUCAGUCUUCACCACUUUUUAGCCUCGAAGGUUCAAAUAGUUCUGCACUAACUGAUGAAUCACGUUUUUAUUUUUUUUAUCACAACUGUUUUAUUAUUUCUGGUCAUUUACUGAACUAUGAAAGUCAAUGCAAACCACAGAUAGAAUGUUAUGGAUAUUUCUAUAAUUCACUGUUUGUUUUUGUAUAAUGCCAUUUUAUUAUUCUUUAAUUUCACAUCCUGACAAACAUCUGUUUUUGUGUUAUACAGUCAUGGAAAAAUGAUU